UCACGUUUUUCCUCUUUCAAAACGACCUCGUUCCCUUCCUCUUCACCAUUUCCAUGGCCAAAUCCUACCCAUGUUGUCACCUUCUAUCUAAAGGAGUUGGAGAGAGGUAGACAACAAACACUUUGGGUUAGCUAUGGAUCAUAUACAGUCAAGAGAAAGUGAUUUCGAGGUAGAUUUAGAGAGUGGGGGAACAACUAGUGAUGAAGAUGGCAGUUAUAACUAUGAUCUGACCGGUGAAAUUUCUAAUAAAGAGUCUUAUAAAGCGGGUAGUGGGUUUCGUGGAGUUCAAUCAUGCAAUGGGUCUGUAAGGAACCAAGAUGGUUCAAGUACAUAUAACAAGAUUUUAAGUGCUGAUGAGCUAUCAUCUGUUAGGCGUACAGAAAUUUGGUCAAACAAAGUGAAGGAAGAGAUGGAAAAUUUGGGGGACAAGAAAAUGAAUAUCGAGAAGACAAGGAAGCCAAAGCCUCCUAAACCACCUAGACCCCCAAAGGGUCCAUCACUGGAUGCCUCUGAUGCAAAGUUCGUCAAGGAAAUAUCUGAGCUUGCUAUAUGGAAGCGUAGAAGGACCGAAAGAAUGAACGCACUGAAGAAAAUUAAAAAGGAGAGCGGAUCAUCUUCGAGGAUGAAUAUAUUAGCAACGGUGAUCACAAUUCUGUUCUUCUUGAUUAUUAUAUUUCAAGGUGUUUUGGGCUCUCGUGUAUGACACCAGUAUGUAUGUCGCCUUUAAAUUCAGUGGAACUUUACCAUGCAACAACCAACUGCUUUACUGCAAGUCAAGAAUGCUAACCUAGGGUUACUUGUCACUUUCAACAAGAAGGAGGCGCGCUCAAUCAUUUUACUGUACAUAUUAUUUUUCAGAUUAAAGUGCCUUUACGAAGUCUUGCUGGUAGAUUUAAAGUGUAACUCACAAGUGUGUUAUCUUAUCCUCGAAUCUUCCCCCGGCCCAAAAAAGACAGCAAGGUGAAAUGAUUCGAGGGAAAACAAUGAUAUCAGCACAAGAGGAGCAGGUCUGAUGAUUUACUAACAGCUCAAUUCUUGCAUCAAUGCAGAUCAAGGUUUGUGGAUUUGGAAUUAACUGAGGAACUGACUCAAACAAGUAAAAUCAUUUUGAAUAUUUUGGCUAAUAGUGUCUGCUUGUUGUACAGAAAUGUAACAAUUAGUAUGGAUUUUGUCAAGGGUUCCUGAUA